CGAGCCGGCGCGCGAUCAGCUGAGCGGGCUCGGGCUCGAGCGAGCAGAAGCAGCAGUCAGUCACUGUUCAGCCUCCACGUGUGGCUUGCGCUCGCGGUCCAUCGUUACCCGUCGUGUCUGAUUCUCGUUAGAUCGUGUUAAUUCCUCUUGUUACAUCAUGGAUCAGGGGUACUCUCAGGGUGACGCGAGUUGCGAAUACCGUUCGCCGUUUUCCUCUCGCUAUGCCUCCAAAGAGAUGCAGUAUAACUUCAGUGAGAAGAAGAAAUUCUCCACAUGGCGAAAGCUCUGGACCUACCUAGCAAAGGCAGAAAAGGUACUGAAGCUAUUCAAAGGGUCAGCUGGCUCUCAGCUUCCCGGACACAGGAUUGGAAAGUUGCAACCAUCUACUGAGAAUGAAUCCAGUAAACAAGGGAAACAUGUAGUUGUUUACUCUCCUAUUCCAACGAUGUCCCAAAGUGAUUCUUAUCAGGAGACAUGGAUUAAGGACCUCUCAUCCAAGCAAGAUCCAUUCUCUUGGCCGAGCAGUAUUUUGCAGCUGAAUUCACUAAACCAGUCUCCAGGCAGUGUUUCGGAAUGGUAUACUGAUGGGCCCGCAGUUCAAAGACCGCUGAUGAGACAGAGAAGCUCAGACAUCGAGUCCAAGCCUGCUGUUGACCAGGAUUUAUAUGGCUUUAACUCUGAUGUCAAUCAUGUCACCUCACGGUCAUCUGUUUAUCACCUUCUUGUGGCUAGAGCACAGCAAGACUUGUUGAGAAGUACAGACUCCAGUCUCUACUCAGAUCCAGAAGGACAAAGACCAUUCAGCUCAGAGAGUUCAGGCAGUGCACGUAGCUCAUUCUCAAUGUCAACUUUGGAUGGAAGUACAACAAGCUCAAACAGUACAGGAUCAAGCUCUGCAAGCUGGGACCAAGGUCUCCUCAAUGAAAUGAUGGACUCUGGUUACUCAGAUACAGGGAACCAAAGGCUGGUAAAGGACAGAUUUUGUCAGUAUUCUCAAUACCCAUCAUGGCAAGCUGAAGAGCAGUCUGCAGCAUACAUGUCCUCUGACUUAAACAACAAUAAAUUGGGUAUAUGGAGUUCCCGUUUUCAGUCUCCAGAAGACCACCAACUGAUUGAUGAUUUGUUUAUGAAAGAAGAGAAGCCUUCAAGAACACAAAGUGCUGGCUAUGGAAACUCUUCAAUCACAUCAGCACUUCAAUCUCUCUCUCUGUCAAACAAUAAUGCAUCUAAUGCCAACUUUGGACGUGCUAUCCAACCACCCCAAUCACUUUACAGUAUCUCAUCUAGAGGGCACUUCAAUUCUUCAAGUUGAUUUUUUUAGGUAAAUGUGUUUAGUUUUGUAUUCUUUUUAGGGGCUGUUGUGAUGGAAAUGUUACUUGUUGUACCAAUAUAUCUGUUUUAAUGCGAUGCAAAGAUAAUUUUUGUAUUCAGUUUUGGCAAAGCUUGUAAGAGUAUUGUUAUGUUUUAGGCUGGUGUUGUUAUCAAAUGACUUUGUAUCUGUAAAUUUAUUCUGUUCAUUAGAAGACUUAUUAAUGACCUGCAUAAUCUUUUGAUUGAAAGUGAGGUUGUAUUUGCAUGUCUUAACUGAUAUAUCAAUUGAAAUUCAUUUAUCAUUGUUAAAGAUUAGUUAGAGGUGUGUAGUAAAAUUGUUGUCUUUGCAAAUUAUCUUCAUGCAUUGUUAAAUGGGCACAUCAUUUUAUUUUAAUGGUUUUCCUGUGUGUUCUUUUCUAUUUCUCUAAUUAACUUUCGUUCUCAAUUCUCUAUAUCUUUUUGAUUUUCGUUAUGAUGUGUCUUUUAAUUUAUGGUAAUGAUUUUAGAUUUUGAAUUAAAUUUUGUGGUUGUCAACUUGGUACUGUAACAAAUUUCCUGACAAUUGUGUAGUUAUGUUUCUAUUAUUCCUGCAUCAAACUCGUAUUGUAUCUAUGAAUUUAAGUAUUGCAUGUUACUACAGUAUUCGUUAUGCAUUCCUAUGCGUUCUAUUUGAACUACUAUACUAUUAUAAAAAUGAUAUUGUGCAACUAAAUUUGCAUUAUUUUUAAUACUUUUUUUGCAUUGUACUUAAUAUAAAUAAGCAUGUUUUCACCUAGUCUUGUGAAAACUAAUACUCCUCUAACCUCCUGUAAAUGUGUUCUUAUUACAUAUGUAACUAAACUGAUUACAUAAUUGUUCUGACUUUAAUAUAUUGCGGUUUUGUCACAAGUGUGUUUGUCUUCAAAGUGAAAAUUUUAUUUUGACUAUAAAUGUUUCAGAUAAUUCUUU